AAACCUGAGAAAUGUGAAUUCCACCCCUCCUCUGUACACAUCCUGGGCUAUAUUAUUGGCAAAGGACAAUUACAACCAGACCCAGCUCGUAAACUGGCCCAUUCCCUCUACCCGCAAAGAACUACGUUUCCUGGGAUUCGCCAUUUUCUACCGCCGUUUCAUCCGCAAUUACAGUAAAGUGGCUAUUCUUCUCACUAGCCUUACCUCCACCAGCUCUCCAUUCCGGUGGACCCUGGCUGCAUCCCAAGCCUUCGAGCGUCUUAAAGACUUAUUUACCAGUGCCCACAUCCUGAGGCACCGCGACCCCUCCCUCCAGUUCGUUGUGGAGGUCGACGCCUCGGACACUGGGGCAGGGGCCAUUCUCUCUCAGCAGGACCCCACUUCCCAGAAACUAUAUCCCUGUGUUUUUUUUCCCCUGUCGAACAGAAUUAUGACGUCGGUAACCGUGAGCUGCUGGACAUCGUCUGGGCAUUGGAGGAGUGGAGACAUUGGCUGGAGGGGACUGAUUCUCCGUUUAUCAUAUGGACCGAUCAUAAAAACCUUGCCCAACUCCGUUCCACCAAACGUCUUAACCUCCGACAAGCUUGGUGGGCCCUCUUCCUGAGCUGAUUUAACUUCAGCCUCUCCUUCCCCCCUGGUUCCCGCAACAGCAAGCCUGACGCCCUCUCUCGCAUGUACUCACCCACCUCAAGCCCUACACAACCUCAACGCAUCCACCCUUCCUCCUGCUUUGUUGGGGCAGCCACCUGGGAGAUCGAACAGGUAGUUAAAAAUGCUCAAGAAACCCAACCGGAUCCCAAGACUGGACCUCCCGUUUGUACCCGACUCGGCACGUUCUGACGUUCUCCAGUGGGCACACAAUUCAAAACUCACUUGUCACCCCAGAACCACCCGCACCAUCCAAUUCAUACAACAGCCCUUCUGGUGGCUGCAGUUCCUUUGUUGGAGCUUGGGUGGCACUUUGCGCCCCUCUUGCCCUCUCUCUCGCUUCCCAGUAAUCAGCACCACCUCAGCUGCGCACCUGUUGUCAAUCAGCCUUCACCAUUGCCUGCAUUUAAGCCUGCCAGAUCCAGGACUCCACUGCCAGAGUAUUAACGUUCAUCCGUGGUACACCGGGUCUCUACUCGCACAUGCUGUGACACUCCACCUGAGCUCCAUGCCCUCUGGUUACCUGAGCCCCUCUUACAGAAUCCGGCAGCCAGUUAAAGAUACUGAAGAAUGUACCUGCCCGACAUCUACUUCACCAGAAGACCACCCUAAAGAAUUACAACUACAGCUGAACAGCCCUUGUGAAAAGUGCUACCGUCCUGCACCUCCACCCAAGAUCAGCGACCUCCUGAAUGACAAAGAUCUUCUGGACUUAUUGCGACUCAAACUGGACCCGAACCACUGCACUGUAAAAAACUGGAAGAACUUUGCGAGCCGCUGGGGGAUGAGCUACGACGAGCUCACACUGCUGGAGCACCGGACCCAAGGUUCUCUGUCCCACAGCCCCACCCAGGAGUUCCUAUUGCGUUACAACCAGAAACCUGUCGCCGAGCUCACUGAACUGUGUCGCUUUUACCAGCGCAUCGAUGUGUUGCGAUUGUUGCAGGGUUGGAUAGAAAAUGAUUGGCCGUCACGCUGGCAACAAAGAAAGUAACUUGCACAGCUUGUCUUUUACAAAGAUACUUUGGACCACAUAAUAUUGUUUGCCAACUUUUAAAGGGGUGCAACAAUAACAAAGAGAUCAACAGCUUGAUAUUAAUUUUUUUGUGUGCAAAUUGUGGCUCACCAAAUUAGAGUUCUGAACCGUCUGAAAUGUUUACAAUGGGAUACAGUAUGUCCAUCCAUCCAUCCAUUUUCUGAGCCGCUUCUCCUCACAAGGGUCGCGGGCAUGCUGGAGCCUAUCCCAGCUGUCAUCAGGCAGGAGGCGGGGUACACCCUGAACUGGUUGCCAGCCAAUCGCAGGGCACAUACAAACAAACAACCAUUCGCACUCACAGUCACACCUACGGGCAAUUUUUUAGAGUCUCCAAUUAACGCAUGUUUGUGGAAUGUGGGAGGAAACCGGAGUGCCCGGAGAAAACCCACGCAGGCACGGGGAGAACAUGCAAACUCCAGACAGGCGGGGCCGGGGAUUGAACCUGGGUCCUCAGAACUGUGAGGCUGACGCUCUAACCAGUCAGCCACCGUGCCGCCGAUACAGUAUGUACAGAGGUUAAUUCUUCCAAUUGAAGGAAUUAUAACAGAUGAGGCGCAUGCACAGAGGGACCCCAAGUGGUGCUCAAGCACCAGCCCUUUUGCCCUGGGUGUAAAAAGUUCCCUUUUUGCUGCAGCACCUGCCCUUGUGGCCAGGAUGAAGAAAGUGCCCUUUUCUGCUGCAUUUAUUCCCCCGAGCCAACGUGAAAUCCAUUGCCGCCCCCAUCAAUCCCCCCCACGUCCCUCCCUACCCUUUUUCUGGGCUUGAGCAUCUGCUCUAUAAAAUUUCUGUGCAUGUGCCUGUAAUAGAUAAUGUAGUUAAUAGCAAAUAACAAAUAUUGCUUAUAUGGUAAGUUUUUAAAUGAACCUGAGUUCAUCCUUGGAUGUCAUACGAUACUCAUAUUUACAUUUAGCAUUAAAAUAAAUCACCACAAUGCUCAAAAUUGUUAAUGCAAUAUGGGGAAUAGAACGGUUUGAAUGUGCAAAAUGAUGCAGUUGAAGCUUUUGUUAACUGUGCUUUUUUUGGUAGAAGAAAUUGGAAUAGAUUUUUUGUUUAUCUGCUUUCUCAGUAAAUAUGUAAAUAAAUACUUUACUAAAAAGUU